AUGGCACGUGUUCUAUCAUUUGUGAUAUUUAUUAUAUGUGUUAACAUAUGCUCCUCCAUUGAUGAUACCAGGAGUAAACUGUCAACUUAUGACAGAAUUCGAAAAGAUGGAUACCCAUCAGAGAAAUAUGAUCUGAUAACAUCAGAUGGCUAUAUUCUCCAAAUCAACAGAAUUCCUCGAGGCAAGAAUGAUUACUUAGAUUUCUUCCGCCAACGACCAGUUGUUUUCCUCCAACAUGGACUGCAAAGCUCUGCUUCCUCCUUCCUGGGCAUUGGUAUUAACUCCAGUCUUGCGUAUUACCUUGCCGAUAGUGGCUUCGAUGUCUGGAUAGGAAAUGCGCGAGGUGUCAAAAACUCUCGUCGUCAUCUCUUUCUGAGCCCUGACAACGAAGACACCAAACGCCAGUUUUGGGAUUUCUCUUUCGAAGAAGUAGCCUUAAUUGAUCUGCCCCAUAUGAUAGAUUUUGCGCUGUCUCGCACACGACAGAAGAAACUCCACUAUGUCGGUCAUUCGCAGGGAGGGACUGUCUUUUUAAUCUUGAACUCAAGGAAACCGGAAUACAAUGAGAAGAUUGCGUCUGCGCACUUGCUAGCUGGAGUUGGAUACCAGAAUGACUUUCCUAACUGGGUUCUUUCUCAAGCUGCAGCCAGGACAGAUGAUAUUCUGGCUCUGACAUCUUUGUUUGGCUUCGUAGAAGUCUUAGCACCACCAAGAAAUGAAAAGCCAAAUCUGGGCGAAUUAAUUGAAUCAGUAAAUAAUAUGGAAAUACCUAAGAAUAAAAAUGACCUUUUCGAGUUAAUAUAUUUAAUAAUGCAGACUAUGGAAGAGAUCUCCCGUGCAAAGGAAAGUUUAAGUGGAGCGGCAGUCAAGCAAUACGCCCAUUAUGGCCAAAACAUUCGAGAUAAAUCAUUCAGGAGUUUCGAUCAUGGCCUCCUUGGUAACCUAUUGAAGUAUGGAAGAUACACACCUCCGGAAUACGACUUAAAGAAUAUUAAAGUUAACAUGACAAUGCAUUACACUCUUGGAGACAUCCUUCUUCAUGAACGAGACGUCCUAGCAAUGUCCGAGGCUAUACCUAACUGCAAAGUUAGGAAGGUCGCCCGUAAAGAUUUCUCUCACACCGAUUUCCUCCUAGCCAGAGACACUAGAGAAUUAGUUUUCGAUUACUUGAUUGAUGAUUUAAAAAGACGAAAAUAA